AUGCCGCCCGCCAUACGGCCCGCGUCAGAUGGAAAAGUCACACUCGGGAAUGAACCGGGAGGGCGGGCAGACGCAGCCGCAGCCGCCAGGGGACAUUCGCACAUUUGGAGAAAGGAGACGGAGAUUAUUCAACAGGUGAGAAGAGAAGGAAACGUGUGGAUGCGGCUGACCCCCUGCAGAGGCGAGGCCCGGCAGUCGCCUGCACAAACUCAGUCGCCGCCGCCGCCGUAA